CCCAGCAGUGCCACCCACAACUUCCGCCCACCUGUGCCCAGCAGUGCGCCCACUAGCUCCGCCCACCUGUGCCCAGCAGUGCACCCACCUGUGCCCAGUAGUGCACCCACCUGUGCCACCCAGCAGUGUCACACACCUGUGCCCAGAAGUGCCACCUACCUGUGCCCAGCAGUGCCACCCACCUGUGCCCACCAGUGCCCAGAAGUGCAGCCCAGCAGUGCUGCCAGUCAGUGCCACCAGUCAUCAGUGCCACCUAUCAGUGCUGUCUAUCAGUACCCAUCAUCAGUGUCGCCUAUCAGUGCCGCAUAUCAGUGCCGCCUAUCCGUGACACCUCAUUAGUGCUGCCUAUCAGUG